GUUCGAGAACGAGCUGUCCAUGCGUCAGUCCGUGGAAGCCGACAUCGCCGGGCUGAAGAUGCUGCUCGGGGACCUGGGUGUGGCCAAGACGGACCUGAGCAUGCAGAUCGACAGCCUGAAGGACGAGCUGGUGUCCAUGAAGAAGAACCACGAGGAGGACCUGAUGUCAAUGCGGACUCAGAUGAGCGGUCAGGUGAACGUGGAGGUGGACGCCGCUCCUCAGGAGGACUUGACCAAGGUCAUGGAGGAGAUCAGGGAGCAGUACGACACAGUCGCCGCCAAGAACCGCAGAGACCUACAGUCGUGGUUCCAGGCGAAGUCGGAGCUCCUCAGUAAGGAGGUGGCGACCACCGAGAUAACACUGAAGUCCACGACUUCUGAGGUGAAGGAAGUGAAGAGUCAGUUUCAGGCUCUGGAGAUCGAGCUCCAGUCUCAGCUCAGCAUGAAAGCGUCUCUUGAAAACACACUGGUCGAAAUCCAGGCUCGCUACGCCGCGCAGAUGAAUGGAUUCCAGAUGCAGGUGACCAUGCUGGAGGAGCAGCUGGUGCAGCUGAAUGCCGACAUGGGGCGACAGUCCGAGGAGUACCAGGUGCUGCUGGACAUCAAGACCAGACUGGAGAUGGAGAUCGCCGAGUACAGGAGGCUGCUGGACGGAGAGGGACUCGGAUCUUCCGGGUCGUCGUCGUCUUCCAGCGUAACCACAAAGAUCAUCACAAAGGUCAUCGAGGAGACCGUCGUAGACAGCUCGCAUGUCUGACCUGGGGCAGAGUCACAUCUCAACCUAUCCCCCACCAACGUCACCACCAACAGCUUCUGUCUGAAUAAAUCUCAACUAAACUCAACUGGUUUGAAUGUUUC